AUGGACAUCACCGUUUGCGUCGAAGUGCAGUACCAUGCGCCAGCUAACGCCGUUACACGCGACGUGCUUGAGAUGUUUCGCUCUACAACAUGGGUGCGUUUUAUGAUGCGCUACGUCUCUCCACGUCUCAGAAGGUCGUCUCCUGCAGACCAAGCCAUCUUGGACGAGCUUGAGAGUCAAUAUGUCGCCGAAGUCGACGAGGGUGAGAAAUGCGUAAUUUGUAUGAGUGAAAAUCCUUGUGAUGGCCACGUGGCACUUCCUUGCGGCCACUCGUUCCACUACCCAUGCAUUUCAUCGUGGUUGCAAAGCCAAAGUACAUGUCCCGUGUGUCGUUUCCAAUUUCCAAAGGCUUUUACGGGAAAGUACGCCGUGCAGAAGCUCAAAUCAUCCAUGGUCUUGUGUGAAGAGCAGAGUAAAAUGCCUCGUACUGAACUACUUGCGCUGGAUAUCGGGAAGAAGAUGGUGCGUGCAGUUGUGAGCGUUACGCUUGUCAAGGUCGCAACUGAUGGAAAUGAUCACGGAUUCCCGUGUGAGCUUAGUGCGUGGUUGUUUGAUCCCUCGUCUGGGGAGACAUUUUCCGAGCUUGACUGUAUUUGA